AUGGAGAAAACUGUGGAUCAUAAGGAGUCUGUUACCAGUGAGGUGUCUGAACCCGACUCUCAUCUAGUUGCAAAAAUUAAAAAUGCGGACGUCACGUUGAAGUUUAUGGAAGAGCACGAUGCUAUGGUGGGAGAGCUCUCGCCAGACCAGGAAAAAGCAUUGUAUCGCAAGCUUUUGCGUAGAGUGCUUGUUAUUGUGUUUGUCAUCAACCUGCUAAUGUUUUUCGAUAAGAAUGCAAUGUCGUUUUCGAAACUCUUGGGAAUGUGGAAAGAGACGCACCUGACUCAAAAACAAUAUAGUAAUGUCAACUCUCUUUUCUACGCAGGCUACUUGGUUGGACAAAUACCUGGACAUCUUAUCAUGCAGAGAGUGAAUCUGAGACUCUUCAUGCUCGCUCAAUUGUUAUGCUGGGUAAUACUUAUGUUCGGUCAAUUGGCAGCCAAGGACUACCCUGCUAUUGCAGCUAUCAGAUUUCUUCUAGGUGUGACAGAAAGCGUGGUUACGCCAUGUAUUGAACAUACUCUUGCAAUGUUUUUCACUUUGAAAGAACAGGAAGUUAUCAAUCCAAUUUUCUGGAUUGGCACGGUUGGCGUUGGUAUCCCGACUGGCUUUAUUGCUUAUGGUGUCAACCAUUACAAGGGAGAUGUUAUUAGCAGGUGGAAGAUCUACUGGAUCAUCAACGGUGGGCUAACACUUUUAUUGGCAAUUUGGGUUGCUUUUGACUAUCCCGACAACCCUGCGACGUAUAAAGCCUUUUCCAUAGAGGAAAGGGUCCAUAUUGUCAGACGAAUCAAAAAGCAGUCGAGAUCGUCAAUUGAAGAGAAACAUUUCAAGAUGUAUCAGUUUUCGGAAGCUAUAAGAGAUCCAAUCACUUGGUUUUUCGGCUUGUACGCAUUCACGAGCAUGCUUGCUAAUAACAUGAAUUUCCAGCAGCAAGUUAUCUCAACGUCGUUGGGCGUGUCCAAUUUGAACUCUACUUUGAUUACCGUUGCUCAAGCGGGCUACAGUACAGUGGCAUUCUUGAUCGGAUCAUAUCUGCUUUCGAAGUUCAAAAACUCGCUUUGUUAUCUGUCUGUCAUAUCGAAUAUUCCAGCUAUUGUUGGAGGCAUCAUGGCAGUUGCACUUCCUUGGUCAAACAAAAUUGGCAUCCUUGCAGGUUGCAUAAUUGUGCAUACAGAUGGAUUUGCCUACAUCCUUGGACUCUGCUGGUCUCAGUCCUCCUCAGCAGGUUAUACGAAAAGAUUGACCAGAACAACGGUGUUCAUGAUUGGCUAUGGUGUGGCCAAUAUAGUUGCUCCCCAGAUGUGGACUACCGGGCCGAGAUAUUAUGCAGCAUGGAUAGUUCAAUUGGUCGUUGCCUGGUUCUUCAGUUCUGUGCUUUUGAUAUGGAUAAGAGUUAUUCUGUCGCGCAGAAACAAAAAGAGAUUAGCUCAACUGGAGUUCGAUGACGAUGGAAACAUAAUCAGCAAAAAAAAUGCGUUUGUUGAGGAUGGAGGAGAAGACCGCAGAAAAGUUGAUGUCUCGAUGCUGGAUUUGACGGACCUGGAAAAUGAAGAAUUUAUAUAUCCUUUAUAG